AUGAAAACUGCUCAAAAUGAGUCUGUGCCGUGCGGGAAGAUGUUUGUAAAAAUCUCUUCAUCGCCGUGUGCUGGGAAGUCAGACGCUGAAGCUAAAGAAGCAUUCGCCUUAUUCGAUAAACGCGGCACUGGGAAGAUUCCUUCGGGUCAACUCGGUGACCUCCUUAGAGCUCUCGGCCAGAAUCCAACACAAGCAGAAGUUGACUCUUUACGCUCUUCAGCACCUUCUGAGCUCGACUACAAGACAUUCCUCUCCAUCCUCCAACGCCCUGAUGGCUUCAAACCUGCAGGUGAACUUGACGAUUUCGUUAGAGGUUUCCAAGUUUUCGAUAAAGAUGGCUCUGGCGUCAUCGGCGCAGGUGAAUUGAGAUACGUACUCACUCAACUUGGUGAGAAAAUGUCUGACGCUGAGGUCGAUGAGUUGUUGAAAGGCGUGCCAAUUUCUUCAGAUGGAAACAUCAAUUACCGCGACUUUGCCGCUCACAUUUUAGGUGCUUAG